GCUUCACGUGGCGGCAGCCAACGGCUACCUGUCGGUGGUCAAGUACCUGCUGGAUAAUCACGUGGCUGUCGGUCCCUGCGACAAGGACGACUGGCAACCCAUCCACGCCGCCGCCUGCUGGGGUCACCCGCGGGUGAUAGAGCUACUAUACCAGCACGGAGCCGAUCUCACCGCCAAAACCCGAAAUGGAGAGACUCCGUUUGACGUCUGCGAGGACCCGGAGAUUCGUGAGCGGCUGGAGCAGCUGCGUAACGAACAGGAACUGAAGCGCAGCACGGACGGCCAGCUGGCGCGCGUGCGGCGCACACAGUCCACCAAACACUCGAUCCGGCGUACCUCCAUGCGCCAGAAGACGCUCACGCCUAAGAAGGAUGUGAAGCAGGAGGCCAGGAUACGGCUGGGAGCGGAAGGCACUAUGAAGUCGGAGCUGGAUGAACAGAAGACACCGCUGGAUGUUCACGAUAUCUCCAUCAUAGUUCCGGGAAUCAACGGCACUACCACUCCGACUGAGAAUGGGGACGGCGUGACGACCCUGCCUGACCCGAGGAAGGUCAACGGUCACCAGGUCAACAACAACGACCAGCCCGACGCCAAGACCAACUGUGCCGGCGCAGCUGGGCCAGCCGCCGCCAACGACGGAGAAAUCGAGAUGAAGAAGUUUGUCAGCACGGUGCCCGGCGGAGGAGUGACCUCCGAACCGCCGCACGAGGGAACCGGCUGCUGCGUGCUGCAGUAGCGACACUCAGCGGCCCAGAGGCGAACUGAUAGUACGCCGGCGGACGCUGCGCGGCGCCACGAGUCAAGACGGCUGCGAGUGUUUUAGACGUUCUGUUGAUGACGCUAGGUGGAAGACAAUCGUGAAAUGUCUUGAGAGACAGGAUUGCAGCGUUUGUUGCGAAUAUUUGGUUUUGUGACGUUUGUGAUGACUUGAUUCGGAGACAUUUGGUGAUAUUUCGAGAUUUUAAUGACAGGAGAGGCAGCGUUCCAAUGGUAGUGCCAGCUAGACGUUGCUUGCCUGUGUGAGGUCUAUUAUGGGUCCAUCGAAGGACUUAUUUACACUCGUCAUAGUGAUAAGAAAUUGCGUUUUUCAUGCGCUGCGAUUUACACGCGAGAGAUCAUGUGAAUAUCGGGAGCCAUUAUUGAAAGCUCCAUUCCAUUUCAUUCCGAAUAUUGAGCAGCACGUAAAUGACGGUGUUUUGUUGUUGAUGGUGAAUGCGUGAUGAUCUCGGGUAGAGCAGGCGUUUCUCCGUGGCGUCUGCACCUCCGUACGGUGAUAGCUGUGGCGUCUUGUGGCAGCCGAUCCACAACCAAUGCGUGCUUGCCAACCGGGUUAAAAUGUGCUCGAGCUUCACUAGUUUGACGUACGCGGUAGUCUACCGUAAUUGAGAUUAUGACGAAUUUUCGCAUCACGAACGAAAUUUUAACUGCGAUACUGUGUAGAAUGUGCUUCAUUAGUUCCUAACCACUGAACUCACAUUUAGUAAUUCUGCCUAAUACUAUGAAAAUACGAGAAGCAUCCUUUCGCACCGUAACCCCUGAAUGAAAUACGAUCGGGUUGAUAUUGCAUUUACACCUUUUCAUGCGAUAUUUUCUUGUCGCGUGUCUUCCGAUUGCGCUGUUUGAUAAAGGGUCGGGGAGGCGGGUGCUGAACGUUUGUUGGCGCUGAGCGGGUACCGUUUGUUUCGUGAACUUGUCACAUCGACCGUCUCUUUGUUACGCUGCAGGGGUCGGAGAUCGCUGUAUUGUUCUGAUAACACGUCAAAGUAACUUGAUUACUAGCUGCUACUCAUUGUUCUGUAAUUCGUAGCUCAAAGCUCGUUUGAGACAGGGCGGUCUGCUCGUUCGUUUCAUGUUCUUGUAUCUGUUACGAUGUUAUCUCUCUGCACGUUCUGACUGCUGUAGCACAUACUCGGGUGAUCAUACCUGUAUUAAAUCACUCACUAACCACCAGAAGACGCUCGGUCGUCUAGCAAUAGUAUCUCCCUGUACAUGUACUGCCACGCUGCUAGCCAAACUAGCAGGAGGUGUCAUAAUACAUAAUAGUCAAUCAUCGGAACCGGCCUGAAAUCAGUGGCUAGCAGUGUAUGGCGGCUCUGUCUGAAGACUGAGAGCGAUCGUCAGUUGCGCUGCAUUUUAUUUCUGUGUGAAUGAGUGCUGCAGACGUGUAUGACGUAUUUUUAUAUAUAAUAUACACAUGUGAAGCA